GCCUUCAACUACUUCGGUCCAGUGGAGCACAAUGGGCGCUGUUGCAGACACCUCUUUCUGCACAGCAGCUGAUGUUGUGUUUCGCUCCACUGCGUUGCGACCGUUUCUGAACCAUCCUGGUGUUGGAAGCCAAGGUUUGGCAUUCCACAAACCGGUCAACCCAGUCCACGUCGCGCAGGAGGCCUCGGCAUCAUCGCUUGUGAGACCGUUCCAUGCGGACAAGGAGCCCCGGAGCUCUCGCAGGGCUGGCGCUUCACCCUGGUCGCGGGUGCAUCAUCAACCUCCUCGAGGCAUCAGGCAGAGCCUGGCACAGACACUGCCGCAGAGAGCUGAGCCUCUCGAGGCUCCGAUGUGCAUAGGCCAAGCAGAUGGAUCGAUGCCAUCAGCCAAGCGUUGCGCGAGACACGCAGCGGCAGAUGAGUACGACAGCUUUCCAGAGGAGGAGUAUGAUCCGCGGGUCCUGGUGCCGGCGCACCGCAUCGGCGACGCGCCAGAAAGGCGGCCGCAGUGCUUGCCGACGAGGACGGGGAGGACCGGCCGUUUGCCGCGGUCAGAUGGCUCCAAGAAGGGGCCUGCCCCGUCGUCGCUGCCUUGCCUGUCUGGCAAGCAGAUGAAAUUGCACAAGUGCGCGUCGGAGCCCAGCAAGCCCUUCUUGGCCAACGCAGGCCUCUUGCAGUUCAUGCUGCCCAACCUCGGCUUUCCGCCAGCCUUUUCCGAGGAGGCGGCGCUCGAGCAGUUUUUCAUGCAUCACCAGGAAUUCGACGUUCUCCAUGAAGAGUUGCUGGAGCAGUGAGCCGCAGAAGCCAAGCUUGAUUUGCCAAUGAGGGGCUACCUGCACGAUUUUGGUGGGGGUUGAGAGCUUGAUGUCAAAGCGUGUUU